GUGAAGAUCAUGAAGAGUUCACACAGAACCCGGAACAACUGAGCCAUGGCAGUCUUUACCCAUCUCCAGCUGGUGUUUGUGGCCGUCCUGACGCUGUCGUCUCAGCUAGACUUUGGCAAAGCCGCUGUUGUGCUCUCUAGUUUGAAAGGCAGUAACCUCCCUGGUGAUGCUUUGGGAAACAAACCUGACCCGUAUAUCAAGAUUUGGUGCGGGACCUCUUCUGUUGUGACGGGCUAUUUCAAAAACAAUGCUAAUCCUUCUUGGGAUGCAGAUUACUAUUUCUCAGGCUGCGCUUCCCGUAACACUUUAAAGCUGGAGGUGUGGGACAAAGACUUGAAGAAUGACGAUCGCAUAGGCUCGUAUAGUGGAACUGUGGCGUCAGGAACUAACAAUAAGGUUUCUUUCUCUGUGGGCAAAGGAACUGUGAGUUUCAAGUAUGAUGUGAAAUAAAUCUGUUUCACAUUAGCACUUUGUGAAGGUGUUCAGAAUUAAAUUGAAAUGCAGACACUGCAUUGAACUCUGUAUUUUGACUUGUGAGAUGUUCAUUCAAAUGUACCAGCUGCUUUGCUUUAAAAAUAUAUAUGUAUUUUAUUGUAAUAAAAUUAGACAAAAGAA